AUGUAUGUUGAGGGGGGUCAGAAUAGUAGUAAAGGAUGUGUGGCUGAAGGAGAUGAAGUCGGGUCCAGCAGGGAACAGCUGAUCGUCAAUGAUUUAUUGAAGGAAAUUACGAUACCCAGGAAGUCCGAAAACAGCUUGAGAAUCUUAACUUUCAAUAUUAACGGCUUCCGGACAUUGUUCGAGUAUUACCCUUGGAACAAGUUGAUGAAUUUAAGUGGGUUCUUCAAGUUUUUGAAUGCGGAUGUCAUAUCUUUACAAGAACUCAAGACUUCGAGGGAGAAUAUCAAUAAUGCCAUUGGCAAGAUAGAGAAGUUUUAUAAUUUCAUCACCUUGCCAUCGGUGAAGAAAGGGUACUCUGGGGUAGGUGUAUAUGUGAGAAAACCACAGGCAGAUGAUUCGCCAUAUAUCCAACGAUUGUUAACGAUAAAGAAAGUGGAAGAAGGUAUUUCUGGAUAUUUGCGAUGCUACGAUUAUAAAAUUGGUGAUAAAACCUAUAAGGAUAUUUAUGAUUUAGCCAAAAGAUAUUCAAAUACUAGUACGGAUACGUCCUAUGAAUAUGAAAAGACCGUGAAAAACCAUUUGAUUGGUGGGUACGUGAACUUAUUUAAUAGAGAACGGUGUCUUGAACUUGAUAGUCAAGGGCGAUGUAUUAUAGUGGAGCUUGGGUUUGAUUUUGUCAUUUUCAGUUUAUAUUGCCCCGCCAACUCCCAAAGAGCGGAAGAAGGAGAAUCAUUUAGAUUGGAUUUCCUAAAAUUGCUUUUUGCUAGAGUACGAUCUUUGCAAAAGAUGGGGAAGAAAGUUUUAAUAAUGGGAGAUAUUAACAUUAGUAUGGACUUGAUAGACAGUGGGGAGGCCAUACAAGGAUUAUUUGAGGAAGGAUUGAUCAAGAAAGUGAAUGACUUAGGAACCGGUCCGAACUUAGAUGGUAAUGAUUUUGAAAAAUUGAAUAAGAAUCAAGUUGAUUUAUUUUCCAAAUCGACGAUUCCUAGAGUUUAUUUGAAUUCCAUUGUUCAUAAUUCAAAAAUCAUUGAUGAGAAAAUUGCAAUUGAUGUGAAGAAUAACAUUUUAAUGAACAAUGCAAAUGGUGAAGCUAUCCAAGUAGAACCAACUAAGGGCCUAUUCGUCAGUAGUGAUGAUGAAGAGGAAGAAGGAGAAGAGGAAUUGGCUAAUUACAAUGAACAUGGCUCUGGCAAGAUACCAAUCAAAGAAAUAGUACAGACUGAUAAGUUCUUGUACGAUCUAAUACGGGUGAAGCAUGGUCGGAAAUUGAAAAUGUAUACGUGCUGGAAUACCAUCAAGAAUUAUAGAUCAAUAAACUUAGGAUCAAGAAUCGAUUUAAUUCUCUGUUGCGAAACGUUUAAGAAACAUUUCGUCGAUGGUGGCAUUCUACCUGACUUGAAUGGUAGUGAUCAUUGUCCAGUGUAUUGUGAUUUCAAAUUCGAUGAAGUAAUGAAUGACUUACAACCACCAAUUGAAAAAGAUGCAUACGUACCAAGGUUCGAGGCCAAAUACGUUUUCAGUCUCAAUGAGCUUACAAUUAUCAAUAUGUUCAAGAAUUUCAACAAAUAUUCUAUCCUAGGUAAAAGAAAAAAUGAAGAACCUGCGAAAAUUGAAAAAAAUGACAACGAUGUACACAUUGUCAAAGAAGAAGUAGUUUCCAAAAAACCAAAGCCCAGCAUCAGUAUUGAUUUGGCAACCAAAAAUGGAGAAAAUAAGAAAAUUGUCUAUGUGAGCAGAAAGAAAGAGAAUCAAAAGAAUCAAAAACCGAUUUCCAGUUUCUUUAAAGUGGCGAAAAAACCUGCCAAAGAUCUACCAAAGCUGCCCACUACCAAUAAUGAUGACUUGAUUGAACAAGCGAAAAAAGCCCUCGAUGCUGAAAAAAGUGAUGUCGUGGAGAUUGUUUCGGUCACCAAAAAUUCGAAUGCUAGCAAAAGUGUCUUGAGCAUUAUUGGAAGCAAAUAUUCAAAUGCCCCAGAGUGUCAUCAUUCUGAGGAAUGCAUAUUGAAAACAUCAAUGACAGACAAAAACAAAGGCAGGAAAUUCUGGUGUUGCAAAAAACCAGCGAUAAAAAGCAACACUGAUGUUUUGAGAAGAUCCACUGUAAAGGAUAGGUUUGAUAGUGAUACAAGCUGCGGAUUUUUCCAAUGGGCUUAA